AGACCGCUCCUGAAUUCCCCCAAAUGUAUUAACGUGUAAUGUUAAACGUUCCUGAGUCAAAUUACGGUUUUAUGACCUUUAUGAUUACAGUUUUGUUUAUACAUCUAUUUCGUUGCAUCCUCGCAAUGAAGUUAUUGCUGAAUAAAACAGUGCUUCAUAAACUACUACUACUCCAAAACAUUAAAAACGACAGGUUUGAGGCUAUGCAAUAUAAGGAAGGGUUUUUAAAAAUAUAAUUGUAUGUAUUUCACCUUUUAUAAUUGCUAACAAUUUUGCUAACAUUUUUUACAUGUCCAUUAGUUCCUACAUGAAGCAAUGAAGUCAAAACAACUUCCCUCUCAAGCUUUUUUUUAUGUAUGUGUCCCAAUGGCUUUCUUAAAAUACUUGCUUAUUAAAUGUAAUGCAAACUAAUUGCAGAAAAAAAGCCCCGUUAACUUGCUGUUAAACCCAUCACAGAACGGUUUUCUAUGCUGUAUGCUUGUUCAAUUUGAUAGCUGUUAUUGUUGUGGUAUUUGUAUAAUACCGCAUGUUGUAUGUUGUAUUUCAAGUUGUGGAUGUAAUUCCAUUCCCCUCCUACGGGUAUGUUACCAGUUUCAGUUUAAAUUAAACACGUUUUUGCACAUUAAUACUGGGGUAGGAUUUUGAAUGCACCGCAGGAGGAGCCCGGGAUCGAACCUACGACCCAUAAUUAAGAGAAGGCCUUUACCACUGGUGGGGGAUUUGGGGUAAUUUAUUUCACCUGCAUGUAGCUUUAACUAUUCGGUUGCUAAGAUCAGAAGCUACGCUUUGUUAGCUGGACGAGGGCAGCCAAGCCAAUAAUCAGACAUUCAGUAAGAUGGUGGAGGCCUUAGCACGUCUCCAUUGUGGUUUACUGGUGAUUUAUGGAGAAAACCUGCGGUCAGCCAAACUGCCAAAAUAGGUGAGGAGCUACAGCCUCUUCUUUCUGCGGGAAGAGCAAAGAGGGAGGGAGGAGUUUAAACAAAGGCCCUCUCCACACAAAAAAACAUGGAGGCUUGUGCAGAGAAGCCAUGGUGUCCUGCUCCUCACAGACUACAUGCUGCCAUAUCUACUACUUCUAAAGCCUCCAAAUGAGACAACUACGGCCAGGUUCUACACGUGGAAGCUUCAAACACUGUUACACUGGGCCGUGCUGCCCCUGCCUGCACCGAACAAAGAUAAUUACUCAGGAAACAUUUCGGCCAAUCAGAGGCGGCCUUGCAUCCUGCCGGCGAGGAGAGCGACCAGUCAGGAUCCGGCUGACAUCACUGGGGCCCGAUCGCCUCGCCUGAAGAGCGGAGCCUUUCCCCGGCUGAGAGUGUCCUCCAUGUUUCAUAAGUGUUGACAUAACAGUGUGUCAGGCAGCCAUGCAUCCACAGAGUCUGGCUGAGGAGGAGAUAAAGACCGAGUCCGAUGUGGUAGAGGGGAUGGACGCAACCGCACGAGCCAAGGUGGCGGAUCCUCCGGGGUCAGCAGAACGAACCGCGGCGCCACAGAAGAGGAAGGCGUCCAGCCCCACCCAUUCCUCCAACGGGCACUCUCCCUCGGACACCUCCCCCAGCCCCCUCAAGAGGAAGAAGAAGCCCGGGGCCGUCAACUGUCACAGCAAAGACCAGUCCGAGCUAAGACAUGGCCCCUUUUACUACAUGAAGCAGCCAGCACUCACCACAGACCCUGUCGACGUCGUACCGCAGGACGGCAGGAACGACUUCUACUGCUGGCUGUGCCACCGCGAGGGCCAGGUGCUCUGCUGUGAGCUCUGCCCCAGGGUGUACCACGCCAAGUGCCUCAAACUACCAGCCGAGCCCGAGGGCGACUGGUUCUGUCCCGAGUGUGAGAAAAUAACAGUUGCCGAAUGCAUCGAAACGCAGAGCAAAGCAAUGACGAUGCUGACAAUAGACCAGCUCUCCUACUUGCUCAAAUUUGCACUUCAAAAGAUUAAGCAGCCUGGGACGGAACCUUUUCAGAAACCGGUGUCUCUGGAACAGCACCCGGAUUACGCAGAGUACAUUUUCCACGCCAUGGACCUGUCUACUUUAGAAAAGAAUAUCAAAAAGAAAAUGUAUGGCUGCACUGAAGCCUUUCUUGCUGACAUGAAAUGGAUCUUACACAAUUGCAUCAUCUAUAACGGAGGUGACUAUAUUUCAGGUAAUCACAAAUUAACAGCAACUGCAAAAGUUAUCGUGAAGAUUUGUGAACACGAGAUGAAUGAGAUUGAGGUGUGUCCAGAGUGCUACCUGUCUUCCGUCCAAAAAAGGGACAACUGGUUUUGUGAGCCAUGUAGUCCGCCCCACCCUCUGGUCUGGGCUAAGCUGAAGGGCUUUCCGUUCUGGCCAGCGAAAGCACUUCGGGAUAAGGACGGGCAGGUAGACGCACGCUUCUUCGGGCAGCACGACAGGGCCUGGGUCCCCAUCAACAACUGCUACCUCAUGUCCAAAGAGAUCCCCUUCUCCGUGAAGAAGACCAAGAGCAUUUUCAACAGCGCCAUGCAGGAGAUGGAGGUUUACGUGGAGAACAUUCGCAAGAAAUUCGGGGUCUUCAACUAUGCACCCUUCCGCACUCCCUUCACACCCAACAACCAGCUCCAGAUGCUGCUGGACCCCUCCAACCCCGGCGCCGGAACCGUGAAAACGGAGAAGGCGGAUAAGCUUCGCUUCAACUUCGACAUGACUGCGUCUCCUAAGAUGGUCCUCAGCAAGACUUCCACGCCCAGCGGCAUGAGUCGGCGGGUCUCGAUGACGGACAUGCCCCGGUCUCCCAUGAGCACCAACUCCUCGGUUCACACGGGGUCCGAUGGGGAGCAGGACAUGGAAAAGCCUGGCAGGAAUCCGGCCUUCCACUACAGCACUGGGGAGGAAUCAAUGGACUGUACCGCAUCUCCGGUCUCGGGGAAGACGGGUCCUGCAGGCAACGCGUCGGGCAGCCCGAAGCCCUUUAACCCGGGACUGGUCCCCAAGCAGGAGAGGACGGCCGGCACAGGUGGCAUCCUCAAUCUCAACCUGGAUCGGGUGAAGGCUGAGAUGGAUCUGAAGGAGCUGAGUGAGACCGUGCAACAACAACAACAACAGCAAAAUCAGCAGCAACAAGGAGCGUCGGCUUCCCUUCCGACCCCAAAGAGGCCCAUCAGGAGCCUGGACAAGACAAUUGAGAGCUGCAAGGCACAGCUGGGGAUAGACGAGAUCUCCGAGGACGUGUACAAAGGUGUGGAUCACAGUGACUCUGACGACUCUGAGAAAUCCGACUCGAGUGACAGCGAGUAUCUCAGCGACGAGGAGCACAAGCCAAAGAACUCGGCCCAGGACGAGCACGACAAAGCCGACCGAAAGCGGCCCAAAGCAAACACGGAUGGAGAGAUUAAGGAGGGAGUCACGGGGAAAGCGGGUAAAGCCGCGCCGGAACCGCCGCUUAAAGACAAGCAGGCCGCCGGUGUCCCCGAUCGGGGCCUCCAGGAUAAGCCGACGCAGCCCCCCGCCGACAAACCCAAAGCCCAAGAGGAGGGCCGAGCAGCCGCUGCCACGGCGGCGGCGGCAGAGCAGGACUCUGAUUCUGAGAGAGAGCUGGUGAUCGACCUGGGAGAUGAACACGGAGGCCGUGACUCGAAGAGGGCGAGGAGAGAGCCGGGGGCUACUGCGGCUAAAGCUGUCAAAGAGCCGAAUCCUGCCAAGCUGGAAGGUAAACCGCCUUCAUCUGCUGCAGCAGCAGCAGCCGCUCCGUCCCGGGAAUCCGCCCCUAACCUGAAGGACGCUUUGCAGCACGCCGUCCCAGCGGCCCUCAACCUGGUCUCCCCUGCGGCCUCCGCCCAGCCCGCUGCCACCUCGGCAACCAGCGGCUCCCCCGGCGUCCCCUCCCCGGCCUCCACCUCGGCCUCCGCCACGUCCCCGCUGCCCGCGGCCGUGAAGAAACAGCGCCCUCUGCUGCCCAAGGAGACCGCUCAGGCCGUGCAGCGAGCAGUGGUUUGGAAUCCGACCAAAUUCCAGACGUCGUCUCAGAAGUGGCACAUGCAGAAGGUGCAGAGGCAGCAGCAGCAGCAAGGAGAGCAGUCGCCGGGGGAAACGGCGGCCCAGAGCCCGGGGACGCGCAGCCCCCAGCGGCCGCCGUCGCAACAGCAGAACUCCACGAGCAGCCGCUAUCAGACCAGACAAGCUGCCAAGGGUCAAAAAGACGUGCCUCAGAGUACCUCCCCCUCGUCCACCACCGCCCAGGUCACGUCUGGCGGCUCCUCGUCGGGAGACGUGCAGAUCCCGACAGGCUCGGCGGAGGUGGCUGCGGAUAUAGCCAAGUACACAAACAAAAUGAUGGAGACAAUAAAAGGGACAAUGACCGAAAUCUACAACGAUCUUUCCAAAAGCACAUCAGGAAACACAAUUGCAGAGAUCCGACGGCUAAGGAUCGAGAUCGAGAAGCUCCAGUGGCUGCAUCAGCAGGAGUUGUCCGAGAUGAAGCACAAUCUCGAGCUGACCAUGGCGGAGAUGAGGCAGAGCCUGGAGCAGGAGCGGGAACGCCUGGUGGCUGAGGUGAAAAAGCAGACGGAGGUGGAGAAGCAGCAGCUGGUGGACGAGACCAAAAAGAAACAGUGGUGCGCCAACUGCAGGAAGGAGGCCAUCUUCUAUUGCUGCUGGAACACCAGCUACUGUGAUUACCCCUGCCAGCAGGCCCACUGGCCAGAACACAUGAAGUCCUGCACACAGUCAGCCACGGCUCCGCAGCAGGAGCCAGAAGGGGAGUCCAACUCGGACCCUUCGGUCAAAACGUCGAGCCUCUCGCCCCCCAAGCAGCCGCUGCCCUCCGGCGCCGGGCCCCCAGCGGACAAAAGCAACCCCCCCGCGUUCAUUGACAAGAGCAAGGACAGCGCUGGCGUUACUGUGACCUAACGGCGACACUACACGGACUCUGCCGCUCCUUCGCCGGGCCGCUGCGGGGGCCCACGGUGUCAAACUUGGUGCUUGAAGGCCUGCGGCGCUGUGACGCACCGCUUUGGAUUCCUUUCCAUUCCCAUGUGUGCGUCUGCUUGCUGGACUUCUUCUGUUGUCGUCGUCGUUGUUGUUGUUCCAUCUCUCAUUCGCAGUUUCCACAAGUCGUCUGUGUUCGGGUGGAUUCACAAUGUGAAAGUAAUGUGUUGAGAAAUAAAAUGUGAGGUGGUAUGUUUUCAUAUUGUAGUUUUGUUAUAGCUCUGUUACCACUUUGUUUCAAGUCUGAACAAGAUUGUAUCGACCCACAGAAUAUCUACACUUUCCAAUGCUGCUCUUAAGUACUUACUUGCUGUAUCAUUUAGUGGACUGAUCUCAAUAUUAUGAGACAAAAACAGCCACCAACAGUUGCUAUUCAUUCAUCUAUUCAUUCAUUAUGGUGCCAUCAGAAGUAUGUUGAGUUAUGCAAGUUUUAUCUUUGUUUCAAACCAUGUCCACUUAUUGUCAAAUGAGAUAUUUUUGUCAAUGCAAGUCCAUAUGUAACGUUUUGAACUUUGUCAGCGAGGGCAUUUUUGGCUCAUACCAACUUUGUUUUGUUGUUAAAACAUUGUAUAGACCUACAUAAAACAAAUGUGUGAUUUAUUAAAAAAAACGAACUGAAAAAUGUAAACUGUACAGUUUUUGUAAGAAAAUACCUGAACAAUAUUUAUAGUGUUAUAUGUUUUUAUAGUAUGUUUAUGUUUAUAGUGUGUCUAAAAACUAAAAUAAAAAUUGGAAAAUGAAUUACUUCAGAUGAAUGUCAGUUCUAAGUGAAGCUUCUGUUUAAGUUGUGAUCCAAAACUGGCCUAAAUCUUCAUCAGACUGUUAAGAAAUGGUCAGGAAUAAUUAGAAACUGCAUUCUGGAUGGACAUGAUUUCCUGUGCGCAUGUGUGAGUUGAGUUUGUGUUCGUGUUUACAUAUUGUAAAUACAAUAAAUGGAGAAAACGUUUUAAAAAAG